CUCUGAACGGCAAGCACAAUAAAUGAGUCCUAUUUCCAAAUACUAAUUACUCUUUGUUGCUGUUUAUCAUAGUUGAGAGCGCUGAUUUAUUGUUUGAACGUCCUAUUCUGCUUCCAUAUCUUCUAUCAUCGGUUUUGGCGUGCACACGGAUUGCUGAAAGUAGCUAAAUCCCCUCCCAGAAUCGGUGUGGCGCUGAAAAAGGUUUAGGACCAUGUAUCAAUUUCCAGUUAGAGGGUUGGAGAAAAUCCGCAGAACAAGAAGAAAAGUGAAAAACAUUCUCGGAGAAUUUGGACUUGAAGAAUGUCUUAGUUGGACCGAGGAUCUCCAGGAAUUUUACCCUGGAGACAAUGUUUUUGAUGCCACAGACUGGUGCGAUUUAUCUGAUGGGUUUGAUGGGCGUUGGAUAAAAAAGUGGGAAUAUCGGACACGAGGAUUGUGCUGCAGCUUGUGCAAGUUCUCUGCAAGGUCCUGGCAUGCCUAUAGAACUCAUGUUCAGCGUUGCCAUGAUGAAGAAGAGCGUCUUUGCAAGCUUUCUUCCUGUACUUCCUGCCCAUUUAUUGCUCACCCCAGAGUGGUCUCCAAGCACUGCAGAUUGUUCCAUGUCGAGGACCCAAAGUUAGAAUCUGGUGCAGUCCCCCAACUGCCUCCAAGAGCUGUGAGCGGCACCACAUUUCAGUGUCGGAAAUGUCAUUUACAAGAUACUCUCUUGUACAGUGUAAAAAAGCAUGUUCUCCUUUAUCACUACACCUCCACGUUGAACAAAUACGCUGGGCAGAGACCAGAGAGGGAACUUAAAGCCCUAGGAGAUAUUUCUCAGAAAUUCUACUGCAAGAAGUGUUACGUAUCAGCUGAGACAUCUGAACACUUACUGUAUCAUCUUCUAACUUCAGAAAAGCACAAGGAGCUGGAUGUGCAUAUCAGAGCUCUAAUUUUUGAAACUGAAAGUAAGAAACAAUACCCUGCUCUAGCACCAAAAGCCCAAGGCACUUCUGCUGUUGUAAUGAUGAAAGAUCAGCCAGCAGUAACUGGUACACUGGCUGCUGGUGGAAUCAAAAUGUUGGAAAAUGGUAGCUCCCCUGUCAUAGCUACCCCUGGAACCAGCCAACCAUUUCUCCCCACUCAGGCGUCUGCCCUGGUUCAGCUUGCGAGUGCUGAGGCGAAGGGCUUAUUGAGGCCUGGAGUACCACUGGCUUUUCAGAACCCCCAGAUUGGAAGACCUGCAUCUGCUGUUCCUCCUACAGCUCCCCACCAGGUGUCUGUCAGAGUAGGCCUUCCUGGUCAGUCACAGCUGCAACCUGUAUCCCGCCAGAUUGUCCUUCCACCAGGUGUUCGCAUUAAUGUACCUGCUGUUAGGCCACCGGCUCCUCAGUCCGUACUUGUUAAUCCAAGAUUACCCCAACCCAGCCCAGGAGGCACCAUGAUGACUUCACAGUCCCUGCUGAGUCAUUUGAUCCCCACAGGCAACAAAGUGGAUGGGUUGCCCACCUAUACUCUUGCUCCUUUGCAGGUCUUAUCAGUCCAGUCAAAUAACUCGCAAGGAGUCAGCAAAGCACCGUUGCCUGUGUCUCAGAACAUCUCAGUGACUCAGCAGAACAAACAAAACAGUGCCCUGCCAGUCCCCAAGCAAACCAAGAAAUGGAUCACAUGCCCUAUCUGUAAUGAACUCUUCCCAUCUGAUAUCUACGAGUCCCAUCCAGUGGUUCACAAAGAGUCAUCUAAUAAGCCCAAACUCGGCCUGGCUGCUCGUGCUCCUUUCUUAAAAAAGAUGCCAGACAAGACGGUGAAAUGCCUGACUUGCAGGAUCUUGAUAUCGGAAAAGGGUGUCUUUGAACACCUGCUUCAUGGCAUGAUCUGCUUGUUUUGUACAGGGAUAUUCUACUCCAUUAAGCAGCUUGUCGACCAUAUACAGAUGGAACAUAAUCAGACCCAAAAGAGCAACUGCGACUUCAUGCGACGAGAAUACAGACUUUAUACGGAUGAGGCAGGGAAUCUGCUUUUCCCGUAUUUUGACAUCAGGACCACGGCUCCUAAACUAAUAAUGGGGGAAAAAGAGCUCAAUCUUGCAUUGGUCACCAGCUCGCUCGAUCUGAUCUUUGUGAAGAUGUUGCCCAACAAUCCUCAGGCUGUUUGCAAGGCGCCCACACCAUCCAAGAUGCCCACACCCAAGCCUGAUUACAUGGAGUGCCCCUUCUGCUCCGAGAAGCUUCUGAACAUGGAAGCCUAUCAGAUGCACCUCAAAGAAAAGCACUUCAUUGUGCCCACCCUGCAUGCAAUACUUAAAACCCCAUCAUACAGAUGCCUCUACUGUGGUGGCGUCUACACUGGGAAGACCACUACCAAGGCCAUCAUUGUCCACUUGGGUAAAUGUCGCAGUGCACCCAAGGGCCUAAAAGUUGCUGAAAAAAUGAGUUCUGGAUUAGCUGUUACUCCCAAAGCUAACAGUGCAUAUGUGUCAUACCCAGCCCAUCCAAAACAGAUCACUGGUCCAACUCCAGCUUCAGUACAAGCCUCUGUUCCUGCCAUAAAGACACCAGAAACAGAAGCAGAGUUACAGAGCCAGCUACGUCUAGAAAUAGCCUUUCGAGAAGCUAUGGAGGCAAAUAGGAGAGAGAGAGAAGAACGGUUGGCAAGGAGGAGAAAGAUGGAGAAAGAUAGGUUGGCUGGCCUGACUGUCCCCCCACCUGAAAUAAUCAUUGAUCCCUCUGUGACAUUCGCAAUAGAUCCUACCGGAAUGGAGUUGCGCCCCUUCGAAGAACGACGUGAGUUUGUCAACAAGUAUUUUAAUACGCAGCCUUACCCGCUCAAGAAGGAGAUAGUUGCCCUGAGUAGCCGAUUACUGCUUAACAAAACGGAUGUCGCUUGUCAGAUUGGUGGAAAACGUACCAGGUGUUUGAAGAACAUACAGAAAAACAAGGCUGUAGUACUGUUAGGCUUCAAUAUGGCAGAGCUGAUGAAAGUCAAGCAUGAUCUUUUUAUCCCAGAGAUAGAGCCGGAGAAGAUGCUCACUAUGACAGAAUCAGAAAUGGUGACAGAAUCAGAAACGGUGAAAGAAUCAGAAAGGGUGACAGAAGUAGAAACGGUGACAGAAGCAGAAAUGGAGCAAGAGUAGCUUCCCAACUGUAAUAAAGACAAGGGAGAGACUUACAAUGCUAAUUUUAUCUAGAGCCUAAACAGUAAUGUGUCCCUUGAAACAAUGCAAAAGAUGUACCUUUCACACUGAAACUAGUGUUAAAUAACUGAACUGCUAUUUGGGUAGAAACUUGAGAGAUUGAAACAAGCAAAAAUGAUGUGUUUGAGUUUGGCUGCUGUUCAUUAAUGUACGUGUACUUUUAAACAUGUUUUUUUUUUUCAUACUAAAACAUUUUAAAGUAUACAAUCAUUACUUUUUAAUGAGGCAUUGCUUUAUGCAAGGUUCAUUAACGUAAAGUAAAAUUAGUUUUUGUAGCCCAUUUAUAGUUCUAGGGUUGAAAACUUUGAUAUUGUAUGCUGUUAUACCUUUUUUGUUUGCCAAACCACAAUUUGUUUUGACAUUUUCAUAAUUUAUUUGUUGUAACUUAAGCAUUUAUGAAGUUUUCCAUUUUCAUGUAUCUUUAUAUUAAUCACUUUUGUGUAUUGUCAAAUUUAUUUCUGUUUUGCUUGCCUUAUUCUUAUAUAAAUCUUGUAUUCAAAUUAUUGUUUUGAUCAGGUAUUUGCCAAAUUGUUUUCCUCAGUCUAGUACGAAUGAAUGCUACAUGCAGUGACAUUAAUGGCUAAUGAUCAUUACAGAAGUGUGGAGCUUUGCAAAUGGAUUAGUUAUUAUAGUAUAUUUAAACUGUAUCUGUAUCUAGUAGACUCUUGGUUUCGCAUUUUAUUUCCCCAUUUCAAUAUUGAGUAUUAUAAAUAUGGAUGCCAACAUCCAAGCUUACACAAUAAAGGGUGAGUAAAUAAAUGACAGCAUAUACUGUA